AUGAGCACGGACCUUGGUUAUGCCAGCCACCUCCAAACCGACAAUGAGUUCCUCCGCAGCCUCGUCCAGCAAACGCAACGAGAGAAGCGUGCUCUGAUCGACACAAUUGAGACUCUCCAAUCAGAAAAAUCCCAGUUGAAUACGCAAAUCGAAAAUAUGGGCCAGGAGCGCAAUGCACUACUCACAGAGCGGGACAUAUUGCAUGCUACGAUCAAGAAGUUGCAAUUCCCUACAGGGGCCAAUCCCUAUGUUCAGGCGCAUGGUCACAUUGGAUCAAUGAGAUCUCCAAGUGCAACCACCUUUCCAAGCAACAAUCCCUGGGGUGCAAUUGGGACUGGGAGCCGAGGAAAUAGCACCAGUCCAAACGGUACUCCUGUUGACAGUCCUGCCAUGCAACCACGCAGCUUCAGUUUCGCAGCCCUUGGCGCUGUCGGUGCUGUGGGCAGCAUACCCGCUCAUCUCGCCUGUGGCACGGCGCGGACAAGCAUUAAAGUUUCUUCUGAUUCAACCUUUGACUCCAGUGUGCCAACUCAUGGAUCCCUCAAUGGAAAUGGUGUCGAGGGUGCAAACAUAAAGGCAGAUACGCAACUCGAUGAUACUCUUGUCUCAAGUAACGUUGAGGGAGAGAGACUCAAGAACCUGCUGAGCGGCUUAGGACCGACCUUCUAAACCGCCAAUUUCAGCCAAGAUAUUGCGAUACGAAAUGACUUGCGUUGCCCGAACACCAGUCUUCAGAGGGAUCAUUUCCUCUAAUAGAUGCCUUCCGAAAUCGACUACAUGUGGCACGGCGCUGUUGAAGGCUCCAUGACCUCUACAUCAAAAGACCUGGAUACGUCGGAAAUAACAAUAUGUCCUGAGGCGACAUGGUAUGUGAGAAGCAUCGAGACACCUGGAUCAACAACAUGUGCAGUACAAUACGAAAAUCGGCCUUAUCAGGCACCCCGCCUUAAUCUUUAAUGUGUCCGAGUUUUAUCACAAACGUCAGCGAUAUUC